AUGUCGGGGUACCAGGGAGAAACCAGGCAGGACACCGCCCGCCAAAGCCUCCGCAGGGGUGGCGACGGGAAUUUUGGGUCCCACCUGCCCGGCGAGGGAGAGACCCCUUUGCAGGACACGAAGGGCGCCUGCCCCGGCAACCCCGGGCGAGCUGCCGACAGGUCAGGGCUGGGCCUGUGCCGGGGCGAGAUCCGGUUCGGAGGCUGCGGAAAGAAGCGAGGCAGGUUUGUGAAGGUGCCCAGCGAUGCGGCACCCGCUGCCCUCUUCAACCUCCUGAGAGCUGAGUGGCACCUGCCAGCCCCCAACCUCGUGGUGUCCCUGGUGGGCACAGAGCGGCCCCUCAACAUGAGGUCCCGGCUGCGGGAUGUCCUGCGCAAGGGGCUGGUGACGGCGGCUCAAAGCACAGGUGCCUGGAUCCUGACCAGCGCGCUCCGGACGGGCCUGGCCCGCCACGUCGGGCAGGCCGUGCGCGACCACUGGCUGGCCAGCACGUCCCCCAAGGCGCGCGUGGUGGCCGUCGGCAUCGCCUCCCUAGGCCGAGUGCUGCACCGUCAACUUCUGGACGGCGCCCCGGAGCACAGCCCCGUCCACUACCCCAUGGAUGACGGUGGCCGGGGCCCCCUCUGCCCCCUGGACAACAACCACUCCCACUUCGUCCUGGUGGAGCCGGACACCCCCGGGGACGGGGACGGGCCAACCGCGCUGUGGCUGCGGCUGGAGAAGCACAUCUCGGAGCAGAGGACCGGCUACGGGGCAGAGUUGGGCCCGGGGCCGUUGGGGCCCACGGGGGCCCCUGCUCACUGUCUGUGGGCACCUCUGGGAGUUGGGGGGACUCUGCCCAGGAGCCGAGGCUCUUCCCAUGCAGCAGGCACCGGCAGCAUCGAGAUCCCCGUCCUGUGUCUGCUGGUCAACGGGGACCCCGGCACCCUGGAGAGGGUUGCCAGGGCCCUGGCACUCGCCACACCGUGGCUGAUCCUGGCCGGCUCCGGGGGAGUGGCAGACCUGCUGGCCGCCCUGCUCGGCCACCCGAGGCCCUUGCUGCCCCAGGAGGUGGAGCGGCAGCUCAGAGAGAAGUUCCCCAGCGAGCACUUCCCCUGGGAGGACAUCCUGCACUGGACGGAGCUGCUGCAGAACAUCACCUCCCACCCCCACCUGCUCACCGUGCACGACCUGGAGCCCGAGGGCUCCGAGGAGCUGGACACCGUCAUCCUCAGGGCGCUGGUGAAAGCCUGCAAGAGCCACAGCCAGGAGCCACGGGACUACCUGGAUGAGCUCAAGCUGGCAGUGGCCUGGGACCGCGUGGACAUCGCCAAGAGCGAGCUCUUCAACGGGGACGUGGAGUGGAAGUCCCGAGACCUGGAGGAGGUGAUGAUGGACGCGCUGCUGAGCGACAAGCCGGAGUUCGUCCGCCUCUUCGUGGACCACGGCGCGAACGUGGCCGACCUCCUGACCUACGGGCGGCUGCAACAGCUGUACCGGGCCACGCCCCCCAAGAGCCUGCUCUUCUCCCUGCUGCAGCGCAAGCUGGAGGAGGGCCGCCCGGCGCCCGCCCGGGGGCCGCCGCCCGCGGGCCCGCCCGCCUUCUCACUGCACGAGGUGUCCCGUGUGCUCAAGGACCUGCUGCACGACGCCUGCCGGGGGCUCUACCAGGUGAGCGGGGCGCGGGGGCCGGGUGGGGCCGCGGCCAGGGCUGACCCCCGUGUCCUCCAGGAGCGGGGACCGGCCCGGCGGCCCGGCGGACAGAAGUGGCAGCCGGACCUGAGCCAGAAGAGCGAGGACCCGUGGCGGGACCUGUUCCUGUGGGCGGUGCUGCAGGGCCGCCACCAGAUGGCCACCUACUUCUGGGCCAUGGGCCAGGAGGGUGUGGCCACCGCUCUGGCCGCCUGCAAGAUCGUCAGGGAGUUGUCCCACCUGGAGACCGAGGCCGAGGUGGACUGUACCACGCACCAGGCAGCCUACGAGCAGCUGGCCCUGGGCCUCUUCUCCGAGUGCUACAGCGACAGUGAGGACCGCGCCUUCGCCCUGCUGGUGCGCCGCAGCCGCACCUGGAGCAGGGCCACCUGUCUGCACCUGGCUGCCGAGGCCGACACCAAGGCCUUCUUCGCCCACGAAGGAGUGCAGGCCUUCCUGACCAAGAUCUGGUGGGGGGACUUGGCUUCCGGCACGUCCAUCCUGCGGCUGCUGAGUGCCUUCCUCUGCCCUGCCCUCCUCUACACCAACCUCAUUACCUUCAGUGAGGAGGCCCCACUGCAGGGGGGCUGGGAGGACCUGCAGGAGCUGGACAGCCUGGACUUGGAGCACAGCCCGCUCUGCAGGCCCGGCCCUGGGGCGGAGCCGCCGGCCCCUGCGCGGAGGCCCGGGGGCAGGCGAGGGCCCGGGGCGGCCUUCCUGCUCUCGCGCUGGCGCCGGUUCUGGAGCGCGCCCGUGACCGUGUUCCUGGGGAACGUGCUCAUGUACUUCGCCUUCCUCCUCCUGUUCGCCUACGUCCUGCUGGUGGACCUCAGGCCGCCCCCCCAGGGGCCCUCGGGGCCCGAGGUCGCCCUGUACUUCUGGGUCUUCACCCUGGUGCUGGAGGAGGUCCGCCAGGGCUUCUUCACAGACGAGGACACGCACCUGAGGAAGAAGUUCAUGCUCUACGUGGAAGACAACUGGAACAAGUGUGACAUGGUGGCCAUCUUCCUGUUCAUCGUUGGCGUCGCCUGCAGGAUGCUGCCUGCGCUGUUCCAGGCGGGCCGCACGGUCCUGGCCGUUGACUUCAUGGUGUUCACGCUCCGCCUCAUCCACAUCUUCGCCGUCCACAAGCAGCUGGGCCCCAAGAUCAUCAUUGUGGAGCGGAUGAUGAAGGACGUCUUCUUCUUCCUCUUCUUCCUGAGCGUGUGGCUGGUGGCCUACGGCGUGGCCACGCAGGCCCUGCUGCACCCCCACGACAGCCGCCUGGAGUGGCUGUUCCGCCGGGUGCUCUACCGGCCCUACCUGCAGAUCUUCGGGCAGAUCCCGCUGGACGAGAUCGACGAGGCCCGUGUGAACGUGAACUGCUCGGCGGACCCGCUGCUCCCGGAAGGUUCGCCCUCCUGCCCCAACCUCUAUGCCAACUGGCUGGUCAUCCUCCUGCUGGUCACCUUCCUGCUGGUCACCAAUGUGCUGCUCAUGAACCUGCUCAUCGCCAUGUUCAGCUACACGUUCCAGAUGGUGCAGGGCAACGCCGACACCUUCUGGAGGUCCCAGCGCUACCACCUCAUCACCGAGUACCAGGAGCGCCCCGCCCUGGCCCCGCCUUUCAUCCUGCUCAGCCACCUGAGCCUGGUGCUCAAGAGGGUCUUCCAGAAGGAGGCCAGGCAGGGGCGGGCUCGCCUGGAGAGAGACCUGCCAGAGCCCCUGGAGCAGAAGAUGGUCACCUGGGAGGCGGUGCAGAAGGAGAGCUACCUGAGCAAGCUGGAGAAGCAGAGGCGGGACAGCGAGGUGGAGGUGCUGCGCAGAACUGCCCACAGGGUGGACAUCAUAGCCAAGCACCUUGUGGGGCUGAGAGAGCAAGAGAAGCGCAUCCAGGGCUUGGAGUCACAGGUGGGUGACUGCACAGCGCUCCUGUCCUCCCUGGCAGACAGGCUGGCCCCGGGCACCGUCCUCCACAAUGCCCGGAAUUCUGGCACCAGGAACUGGCAGGCCCCUGCCGAGCACGUUGGUGGCCCAGGGACCAGGGAGCAGCCACCGGCAGGCCCACUGGCCUCGGAUGCCUGAGGCACCAGACUGUCAGCACACAGUGCCCCGUCUCCCAGAGCCGGCGGCCUGGCCCCCGCAUCCUGACCAGGGUGGGCAGGGGGCCAUGGCCCUCGGCUAGUUACCCCAGAUCCAACCAACACCACUGUCCCCCUCCUGCCACCAUGACCUCGUCAGAGGGACCACUCCACACUCUGUCCUGCCCCUCUUGCCCCCCCCCCCCCCAGCCUGGGAGCUUGGGACCCAGGCGCAGGCCUGCUCCCUGCGGAUGGGACUCCUCAGAACCCGCAGUCCUCGCCUGGACAGCGAGCUCCCGCUGAGCACCCGUCUGCUUUCCGCUGGGUGGACGGCAGCCGCGGGGGCACACCUGUCCCCUCCCCAGCCUGUGUUGCCUGCUAAGAAACUACUGUU